CAUCCAGUCUCAGCGUGGGGUGAAGCCUGGCAGCUAUGAGGAUCCAUUAUCUUCUGUUUGCUUUGCUCUUCUUGUUUUUGGUGCCUGUUCCAGGUCAUGGAGGAAUCAUAAACACAUUGCAGAAAUAUUAUUGCAGAGUCAGAGGUGGCCGGUGUGCUGUGCUCAGCUGCCUUCCAAAGGAGGAACAGAUUGGCAAGUGCUCGACACGUGGCCGAAAAUGCUGUCGAAGAAAGAAGUAAAAACCCAGAAACAUGACGAGAAUGUUGUAAAGUGUGGAAAUGCCUUCUUAAAGUUUAUAAAAGUAAAAUCAAAUUAAAAUGUUUUU